CGAGCAACAACAUCUACGCACACACAGCUGAUUCGGAAAAGGAAGCCGCAGCCAAGCCUUUGGAGUUUUCCAUCCGAAAGAAAGUAGUUCGCAUUUGAAUUCGAUUCUCAUUCGCGUCUGCAUGUACAAACGGUUGCUUUCUAUCCCUAGAGGGAGUGCAGCACCCGAACAACAAACAACCCAACAAACAAAAUAUAUUAGAAACUUUAGAAAAGUCGCGAAAAUCGAGACAAGCUUAUCUGAAAUUCAAUUGAGACGUCGUCUAGGUGUGUACAAGCAACAUGGAUAGCAUUCCCGCCGAGAUUGGUGUUGAAGCAUCUGCAAACAGUAUCGAAACUGAAGGACACAGAGUGUCUCAUAUAGACGUCACUGAGAUGAAGCGAGUGACAAGAAAUAGUCAAGCUCUACCAUCACAAAUGGGAAGCAAUAUGGAUGUUUUAUCAAAUUACGAAUCAGACGAUGAUAAUGUUGACGGCAAUAAUAAUGAAAACGCGUUUGCUUUCAAGAAAACACUAGUUCAAGGAAUGAUGGAUGUUGCACUGAUAACAGCAAACGCUAAUCAACUACGAUACAUCAUCGAGUUCAACAGCAACUCGAAGACGUAUCACUUUGUCUUUGCGAUGAUAAUGAUAUCGAUUCUACUGCAACUAAUCGUCGGCAUUAGCCUAAUAUGGAUCGGCAAGAGAGGUUAUCACGAUCACAUCGAAGAUCACCACGCGCAGCAUCCAUACACGGACCUGUGCAAUAAAUUCGUGCUCGUUGCCGUGUUCUUCAUCACGGUGAUCAACGUUUUCAUCGCGACGUUCCCAAUUAACGGUCACAAUGUGCAAGGGUGAUAUUAAUUGGAAACAAAUUGCCGACGAUCACCACACGUGCACAAAAUGUCCUUUAAAUGUAAUGUAGGACAUAAUCUCAUAGUUGCGAUUUGAAAACAUUUAAACAUAGGAAUAAAGCGGACAUUAAAUUUGAGUUAUACGAUGUCCGACGGAAUCUCCGCAAGUUUUUACAUAAAGCAAAACGGUCAAUUUCUUUCGCAAACGACCCAUAAAACCAAAAGACCCGUUAAGACCGUUCUCAAUAUUUUCGCCAAACGCGUUUCCUCUUUUAUUUCACAUAAAACGCAAAUAAAAUCUAAGCAAAAAACAAA